UGUAAAAUCCAUCAUGGAAACAAAAGUAAAUAACAAACAUGUGCUUAACUAAUGCUACAUAUAUAGAACACUGACGGAUUUAAUACUUAAGUAACUAUUGUACGAAGAUAAGAGUUACGGAUAAAUAUGCAGAUGUUCCAGUCCAAUAUUGGAAUGAUAUCUCAACUUCAUUUAGAGAAGAAAAAGUUCAGACAUUGGGCCAAGGCAAUGCUUGGAAUAAAAUACUUAAAAGAAGGAAUUGCGCCUUUUUGUGACGACGUUGCCAGACAGCAGCAUGAAGUUAUUUUAGAUAACAUUAGACAAAGCAAGAACCUACAGAGUGUGACAUGUGCUCAGUGCGCUCUGAAUACUCUCAAACCAGACCAUGUGAAAUCAGGAAAAAAACAAUGUCCAUUAGGUCAAGCUAACUGUAACUGUUGGUAUGAGAAAGAUAAAUGGGCUUGUUGUGGAAACGUAUGUGGCGCCAUCUAUGACACAAUUAUAACUUACCAUGCGAACAAACCACCCGCUCCUUAUUGGAAAAACACCAACUCUCAUAUGUGGACUAGAGAUCCGUGGAGUAUAGCUAAAUGUUUCAUCAACUCCCCCGGAUAUGAUCAGGCGUCAUCAGCAGCCGACACUGACUGCAUGGGAUUACUACACGUAAUCAUAAACAACAAAUAUUUUCAUAACCAUGUUGGGAGUAAUAUGGCUAAUGCGUUUUCAAAGGUCAGACAAGACAGAAACGAGAUAUUCCACAGUAGCACCAUGGAGCUAGAGGAGGCAGAAGCAAAUGCUUACAUUGAUGAUAUGAUUGCUGCGCUGCAAGAUGGCGAAGAACUGAAAAACAGGCAAGAUGCUCAGGACGCUGUAAACAAACUUGAAGAGUUGAAGAACGGGGACUUUAACAUUACCACACAAGGAGGGAAAGGCGUACCUGAAAAUGCCCUAGUCUCAAUUUGCAAUAAAAUAGAGGACCUGGAAAAUACGACUAAGAAGGCAAACUAUGACAUUGAUUACAAACAUAAUGAAGUUAUAGAAAAUAUUGAAAAAAGGAUGGAGGUAGCAUUACAACAUGCUCUGCAAGAAUUUGAUCAACAUGCUCUGCAAGAAUUUGAACGACUUACAUUGCCAAAGAGUAAAGAAGACAAAACGGACACCAUACGUCAAGAGGAUCAGAAACAGUUCGGCUAUGUAGAAGAAAAACAAGACAUAGCGACACAACAAUUAAAUCCGAAGACUUCCGGUAAUGAUACAGAGCAAUCGAUAGUCUCCGAGUACGACAGCGAUGGUAGAACAAGUGUCAACAGCCCGGAAUUAAAAGAUGAAGACAGAUUAAAAAAGCUGAAACAGCAUAAAAGAGCCCUAUACACAAAGCUACAUGAAAUCGAAGACUCAAGAAGUAUUCCCUUUCCUGCAAAUGACCAAGACGUCAAAACGUGGGAUAUCAAUUGCACUUCUAGAUGGCAUGAUGCUCCUGAACAUAUUUUCUAUUAUGGUAUUUUUGACCUAAUUAUUAAAAGAACUCGGGAAUUGCCAAAACUUGAAUAUCUUACACUGACGGACAUGAUCAUUGGGAGACAUAAAUUUUCAAUGUCAAUUACUGAAAAAGAUAUAGCUUGUCUUAAAGAUUUAAAUUCAGAUAGUAAAUUUCGAAAAAUUGGUUCAGAGUUUUUGGCAAAAUAUGCAGAAAAUGUUUGUUUUGAUAAAGACGAUUUCCGAAUUGAGGAAAGAAAAACAAGGUCAUUUGCAUCGUACAUCGUUUUAGAUAUGAUUUGUCGUAUGUGCGUGAUGGAAAACGUUGAUAUUGAGGAAGCUUAUCCUGCUUUGGAAGAGAACAAAGGCGAGCUAAUGAUAAUUUGUGUUUCAAAAAAAAAAGUUGCUUAUCAGAGUACAGACGAUUCAGCAUAAGAGAAAUAUCUUUUGAGGAUACAUCGACAGAAUCGCUGGUGGCAGAAAACGCACCUGAUAAAAAUGAUACAAAUGUGCAGGAUUUGAUCAGACGGUAUAGCAUUGAGGUCAAUGAAACAUUGUCUCAUCAUAUAUUAAGACUUAUGGAAAGACACAGUAACUUAGAAGCAGCUAAAGUGAGUUUUGUUCGUUCUACCAAAACAGGGUAUGACUAUUCCGAGCCAUGUAUCGUGUUAUAUUGUUUGGGCAAAACGUUUGUACCUUAUGGAGAAGACUUAUUUCCUGUUUCGCUGCAGCACCCAAAAAUGUACAAGACUUUCAAAACGGAUGUUCGAGAAGGAUACUAUAUAGCUUGCCGCGGCAGAUCUACAUCUAGACAUCAGGAGCUAGCCAUGGGCUGUAGCAUUGGUGAAAAGGGACAUCUAGAAGCUGCUACACUUGGGUCACUGGUUGAAUUGGUCGAAAGUGGUGAAAUAGGGUUUCUGACAGUAAGACAUCUAUUCCAACCCACGACUAGAUCUGACAUUCUUCUCCCAGGAACGGAAGUUGUUCAACCCUCAGAUCUUGAUGUAACGUUACCCAGUUCUAGUAGUGGUGACAGAGUAUGCGGGAAAGUUGUCACUAGUCAUAUUGGGGACCAAGUUGAUGCCGCGCUUGUACAGAUCAGCCCAGACAGAAUUCCACAAAGGGGAAAUUUCAUCGAAGUUGAUAAAAGGGAUCUGAACUUUGCUGGUUUCCGAAUUGAUCAACAACCCACUUUUGAUGAUGGUGCAAGUAUUGAUGCAAGGACACUUACCAAUGAGAAUAGGGCUAAUAGGAGAAUCAUCAAAGUUGGAAUGAAAACUGGUCUAACGAAAGGCACGCUUUCAACUACGAAUGGAGCUGUUAGGGAAAGAUCACAAACAUUAGAUUAUAUUUACAAUGGUCGGAGAGAUUCACGGGCUAUACACAGUCAGUUGUUAGUUGACUCUUACUACUCGAGUGUAUUUUGUCAACAGGGAGAUUCGGGUUCAGCGGUAUUUUUAGUUGAAGAUGAUGAGAACAAUACAUUAAAAUGUAUAGGCAUGGUUAUUGGAAUGGUUUUAAAAGAUUGUGCCUGUGUUGUCACACCUAUACAAACUAUUCUUCCUGUCUUGCAACACAAGUGUGGAAAGGAGUUACGACUAAAAGAAUUUCAUUUUGAGGAAAUGCAGGGUUAGUUCGUUCUAUAUAGCUGACGUUCUACAGAUCAAAUAAUGCCGGGAAAACGCAGGAAAUCUUAUGCGUUUUUCCGUGAUGUUAUAAGAUUCUUUCACUUGUUGUAGGUGCUAAUGGGAAUUUCCGGCCUCGAGGGUAACUGUUUAGGCGGUAAGGAGGCUCCUGCCGAGUUACCGCGUAAACAGUUACCUGAAAACCGGAUAUUCCCAUCUGCAGCCAAAGCCAGUGAUAUAAUCUUUUUUGUUAGCCCACCAUCAUCAGAUGGUGGGCUAUUAAAAUCACUCUGCGUCCGUGGUCCGUCCGUCCGUCAUUCCGUCCGUCCGUCCGUCCGUCCGUCCAUUAACAAUUUCUCGUUAUCGCAUCUCCUCAGAAACUACUGGGGGGAUUUUGACCAAACUUUGUCAGAAUGAUGUAUUGGUACCCUAGUUGUGUCCCUCUGAAAAUCAGACUGGUUCAACAAUUUAUGAGUGAGUUAUGGCCCUUUGUUUAUUUCUAUAAUUUACAUAGAUUUAUAUAGGGAAAAACUUUGAAAACCUUCUUGUCCAAAACCACAGAGCCUAGGGCUUUGAUAUUUGGUAUGAAGCAUUAUCUAGUGGUCCUCUACCAAGAUGAUUCAAAUUAUUUCUCUGGGGUCAAAUAUGGCCCCGCCCUGGGGGUCACAUGGUUUAUAUAGACUUGUAUAGGUAAAAACUUUGAAAAACCUCUUGUCCAAAACUACAGGGCCUAGGGCUUUGAUAUUUUGUAUGUGACAUCAUCUAGUGGUCUUCAACUAAGAUUAUUCAAAUUAUACCCCUAGGGUCAAAUAUGGCCCCACCCUGGGGGUCAUAUGGUUUACAUAGACUUAUAUAGGGAAAAACUUUGAAAAUCUUCUUGUCCAAACCACAAAGCCUAGGGCUUUGAUACUUGUAAUGUAGCAUCAUCUAGUGGUUCUCUACCAAGUUUGUUCGAAUUAUCCCCCUAGGGUCAAAUAUGGCCCCGCCCCGGGGGUCACAUGGUUCAUAUAGACUUAUAUAGGGAAAAGCUUUUAAAAUCUUCUUGUCAAUAACUACAACAUUCAAAUUUGUACAUGUAUAUUUUUGAGUGGCAAGAUGAACCUUGACAUGAGUUGACCUUGAUUUUGACCUAGUGACCUACUUUCACAUUUCUGUAGCUACAGCCUUCAAAUUUGGACCACAUGCAUAGUUUUGUGCACUUGAAAAAACUUUGACCUUGAUUUUGACCUAGUGACCUACUUUCACAUUUUUGAAGGUACAGGUAUCAAAUUUGGACCAUAUGCAUAGUUCCGUGUUUCAAAAUGAAAUUUGACAUUGAUUUUGACCUAGUGACCUACUUUCACAUUUUUGAAGGUACAGUCUUCAAAUUUGGACCACAUGCAUAGUUUUGUGUUCCGAAAUGAAAUUUGACCUUGAUUUUGACCCAGUGACCUACUUUCUCAUUUCUCAAGCUACAGCCUUCAAAUUUGGACCACAUACAUGGUUUUAUGUACCGAAACAAACUUUGACCUUUACAUUGACCUAGUGACCUACUUUCACAUUUUUGAAGGUACAAGCUUUAAAUUUGGACCACAUGCAUAGUUCUGUAUUCUGAAAUAAAAUUUGACAUUGAUUUUGACCUAGUGACCUACUUUCACAUUUCUCAAGCUACAGCCUUCAAAUUCGGACCACAUGCAUAGUUUUGUGUACCGAAAUGAACUUUGACCUUAUGAUUGACCUACUUUCACAUUUCUGUAGCUACAGGCUUCAAAUUUAGACCACAUGCAUAGGAUUGUGUACCGAAACAAACUUUGACCUUGACAUUGACCUAGUGACCUACUUUCACAUUUUUGAAGGUACAGGCUUCAGAUUUGGACCACAUGCAUAGAUUUGUGUUCUGAAGUGAAAUUUGACCCUUGAUUUUGACCUAGUGACCUACUUACACAUUUCUCAAGCUAAGCCUUCAAAUUUGGACCACUUGCAUAGUUUUGUGUACCAAAUUAAACUUUGACCUUAAGAUUGAUCUAGUGACCUACUUUCACAUAUCUCAAGCUACAGCUUUCGAAUUUGGACCACAUGCACAGUGUUGUGUACGGAAAUGAAAUUUGACCUUGAGCUAGUCAGUAAGUCUUGAAAUUUGGAACACUUCAAAAUGGCACAUUGGUGGGCGCCAAGAUCACUCUGUGAUCUCUUGUUGCAUACCAUAUCUAAGAAUGACAUUUCGUAGUUUUAAAGAAAUGUUGAAAAUAAUGCUUUGUCUACAUUUUUAUUAGUCGAUUUCUUGUGUAGCUAGAACUGGCCAAUGAAAAUAAUUUAAUUACCAUUUUUCAGAUAGUUUUCAGGACAUCAGGACAAGGAUGUUAUAUUUUAGUUAUACUGAAUUUUGUAGAUUUUUAGAAGACUGGUUCUCUUUUAAUCCUUAAAAAUGGCACUAAGAUGUGCAGACCUAAUUUUUGCAGCCAUAUUGGAUUACUGGAUAUAUUUUAUGUCAUUUCUGUGUCAAUUUAUUGACACUUGAUUUAAGUACUUUAAAAUCAAAAUAUACUGAUCACAUGUAGUUUUUCUGUUCUUUAUGUUAAUGUUAUUUGUUUUUGCUGUCAUUCAUUCUAUGUUUCUUUUUUGCAUUUGAUGAGACAAGUUUUGCGUAGUUGGCAAAAUGUUAUUGACCAAUCAGAUCGCAGCUUUUCUGUGCUUGUCUUUAAAUAGUGGUUUACCAGUUAUUUAUUUACUAUUUUUAUUUGCCCUUUUGCACUUAACAUUUUUUCUUGGAAUGGAAAUUGUAUGGAAAUCUAGAGAAAAUUUUAGGAACUUUGAACAUUUUUAUUAGGGAAAUUAAUUAGAACUUUGGACUUUUAUCAUAAUUUUAGUACUCGCAGAAUAUAAUGGAAUCUAUAUGAGUUCUAUUUAGAACAAUGUAAUAAUAAAUUAUGCAGAUUGUGGAAUUUUCUGCAAAUAUUUACAUAAAACGAAGGAAAUUGCAGACGUUGUGUUUUAUUUGAAUUAUCGUCAGUGACUGUAAAAGUGUAUUGAUAGAUAUACAGGUAUUAGAAUUUUGAAGUUAUGAAUGUGCAUUUAUAUGUAAAAGUGAAAAAUAGAGAACUAUAUGACUCGA